UUGGAGCCAAUGGAAGCCAAUGGAACUUAGGUGUAGCCGGUGUAGCCAAGGUAGCAAGGUAUAAGGUAUGGGUACUAAGGUAAUUAAUUAAAAUAAAUAAUGUAUAUUGGCGAAGCGGUGUAGCAAAUAUUACCUUUCGAAAGGUGAUAAACCGCAACGCUAGAUGAGAAGGAGCAAGCAAGAUGAAAGUUAUGUUGGUGUUUACUGCUUAACAAGUUUCAACAAGUUUUCUGCUAUAAUCGUCGAUUUAUUAUGUAAAAUGCUAGCAAUUAAUUAUGUUUAAGGUUUUGUUGAAAACCGACUUUUAAUGUUUCGUCUUAGCUACUGAUCCUUUAGCACUGCUUAAUACAUGAAGAGAGUCGUCAAUAAGAUUUAAAGUUUAAACGUGCUUUUACUGGAAGCAUAACGUUUAUCUAUUUCAUCCAGAAAUAGUGUUGACUCGAAGAUUGCAUCUUUCUCUGCGCGCCAGCGAAGAAAGUCACCAUGGGAUCCGGAGGCAUUCGGGCCAGCUGCCAGUCCACGCUCUGUAUCCUGGCCGGUAUCGCUCUGGGGAUCGCCCUGCUCUGUCUUCUUAGCGGCGGCAUCCUCUACGGCGUCGCCAAGGCGUUCACGGGCGUCUCCAACGUGCACCUGGUGAACCGCACCACGGCCUCCAACUUCACCAAAGGCAUGGACGACAAGCUGGAUAACAUCCGCGAGGGAAGCGCCGAGAAGGCCGUCUGGUUCAUGGAGAAAGCGCAUGAGAUGUUCUACGCAACAGGUGCCUUCGGAAUCGCCUGCGUGGUGUUCCUUCUCCUCUCCUGCGUGGUGGCCUACAAAUCCCGUCCGACUCUAGCACCUCCCAUCAUAGCCGACCCCUUCGCUCCUGACGAAGAGCCUCCACCGCCUGGUGGCGAAGAGGACGGGGUCAUUUCUCCAGUGCCGCCGGCGGGGUCACCGCUGCCUCCAGGAUCACCGGUGCCUCCUGGGUCACCGGUUCCCCCAGGGUCACCAGUACCUCCUGCCUCACCGCCGCCUCCGGAACGCGCAGCAAGCCCUGUGGCGUAGAUGAUGACGAGGCUGAAGGAAAUAGACUGAACGUGCUGACCGCGCAGCAAGUCCUGUAGCGUAGAUAAUGAGAAGGCCAAAGGGACUGACCAUGCUGACUCAGUGAGGUGGAUUGGGUUGGAGAGGAUUGGUUACCGUGGUAUCGCAUUGGGAAAUGGGAUGUUAUUUGAAAACAGCUUGUAGAAAGAGGAGGAGCGGCCAGGUUUUGCUGGGUGGAUGCUAAGAUUAGCUCGAGAGAAAACGCUACGAUGAGAAAACCCGAAAGGCUGCUCGGACGGCUGGGUUGGUUGAUCCUCAGCUGUAUGGGGAACGUAAAUGCUCGGUGACUUGAAUACGCAGCAACGCUUAGAUUAGGUGAAGCUUACGUUUUAUCAUAAGAAUAAUGGUUACUUAAUAGGACUCAAAAGGUGCUUGGCGCUGGCAAUGGAAAUAAAUGCUAAGAAAACGUCGAAUUG